AUGUUGAAACAAUCAUCCCUCUCAGCACCGAACCAAGAAAAGACUGCUUUUUCAUAUAGUCAUAUCUUGGUUGUGCUCGCUAAAGAAUUUCCUUCACUUGAGAAGGAAGUUACAACAUUUCAAAAAAAGAUAUCUAACUCUUCCGAUACUGACCAAUAUAUUAUAAAGGGUAUUCAAACAUAUUUAAUAUCUUUAUUUAUUAAACAAGAAUAUACAUACACUAUUGCUAGAAUUUGUAAACCUAUUUUACCACUUCUAGUUGCACAAGUAAUGGAUAAACUGAACAAUAACAACAAUACAACGGAUAGUAAUUAUGAUACUAUUAAUGCCAUUACUAAAAUUUUACCUUUAUAUCCUCAAUUCAAAACAUUCAUCAAACAAUAUUUUAAGGAUAGACCAUCACUCAUAGAAUCUAUUGUUAAUAACCAUCAAGAAGACAAAAUUGAUCAAAAACAACUCAUAACAUUGUUGGAAAUUACUUUACGAUUAUUAAUUUUUGCACCAUCUGAUUUUUGUAAAAUGUGGAAUUGGUCACCAUUCUUCUCGCUUUUAAAACACAAAAAUAAGGAUAUCAAAUCACUAACAUCAAAAUGUGUUUCAAUUAUAUUGAAAUUAGAUGACCAAUUUUUCAAUUCAAAGAUUGAUAAUUUAAAGACAUAUGUUUUGGAAGAAAUUGAAAGUGAAGAAUUAGUCCAUUUGGAAAAUACUCUUUCUUUCUAUGAUGAUACAGAGACUUCAAAUAUGGAAACAACAACAGAAGAAACAAGAGAUAAACUCAUCAUUUCACACAAAUCUGAUUCUAUGGUAAAUGUUUGUGGUGUUUGGUUACACAAAAAUCUUCGUGAAAUUAAAUCUUCCCAACAAAAUAUUUCAGCUGAUAAGACUAAAUUGAUUUUCACAAAGACAUCACUCGAAAAUAUGCGUUCAUUGGCAUUGGGAGUUGCACAAGAAAAUCCUAUUAUUUUGGAAGGUAUUAUUGGUUCUGGUAAGACAGCCUACGUAGAAGAAUUAGCAAGAAUUACAGGAAACACAGAUCUUAUCAAAGUCAAUUUGGAUGAAUCUUUUGAUAGUAAGGAUUUAUUAGGUACAUAUGUUUGUACUGAUGUUCCAGGUGAAUUCAGAUGGCAACCAGGUGCAUUGACAAAGGCUGUCAUGGAAGGAAGAUGGAUUCUUAUUGAAGAUCUUGAUUUGGCUCCAUUUGAUAUCAUUUCAUCGAUUAUUCCACUCGUAGAGUCAGGUAAUCUUUUCCUUCCAUCUAGAGAUGAAAUUAUUCCAGCUUCAACUGGUUUCCAAUUGUUUGCAACUCAAAGUCUUGUAGAAUCACUCAAUGGAACAACAACAAGACAACGAGUUCUUCCAAUGUCUAACUUGUGGACUAAGGUUAGGGUAAACAAAUUACCAUCUAAGGAGAUUGAACAUAUUCUGAAAGUUAAAUUCGAAUCAAUUCAACAAUUAAUUCCAAAGUUUAUUGAAACAUAUGACGCUUUGAGAAGUGGUCAUAUUUCGGAUGAUUCUGAAAAAUCCGAGAAACAAUCAUCUGAAUCAACACAGUUAAAGAGCUUUGGAAGACUUUUCUCAUUCAGAGAUUUACUCAAAUGGUGCGAGAGAGUUCAACGAUUUUAUGGACAAAAGAUUCAAAAGAAUCAAAACUAUGUUUUAAGUCAAAUUAAGAGAGACAUUUUCCAUGAAGCUAUUGAUGUAUUUUGUGGUAUGAUUGCCAAACAUGACAUUUAUGAUUCUGUUGUUGGAACACUUGCUCUUGUGUGGGAAAUUUAUAAUUAUGAAGAAUAUUUAAAGACUUAUAAACCACAAUUACAUGAAGAAAAGGGAGUGAUAACAGUCGGUAGAAUUUCCCUAGAAAGAGAUGAGAAGAAUCUUGGAGAACUUCUUAACAAAAAUAGUAACUUUGCUCACACCAAGCAAAGUUUAAGAAUGAUGGAAAGAGUUGGUGCCUACUCUGCAGAUUUUAUUGGUGGUUAUAAACCAGUUGAUUUGAAAAUACUUGCAGCUUCUGUAAAGAGCAAUUUUGAACAAUUAUUUUCAGUUACUUUCCCUUCAAAGGAAAACGAAGUAACAUUGAAAAAAGUCAGAGAUUUAUACACAAAGAAGAGCUGGGCUCAAUUCAUCAUGAUGUUGAAUAAGAUAAUUGAUCUUGCUGAUCAAAAACUUUCAAAAGUUGAUGAAGUAGUUGAUGAAAAGUUAGAAGAAGUAGAUUCAAAGAAGAGAAAGAAGACUCAAGGUUCUUCUUCUGGAACAAAGAAGCAAAAGACUUCUGAUAAGACAUCAACACUCAAACAAUAUUGGACUAAAUUCAAAGAAAGUGUUGACAAAUUUAAUCAACAACAAAUACUUGUACAAAAUAGCUUUGCUUUCUCUUUCGUAGAAGGUACCUUGGUUAAGGCUCUUAAGGAAGGUCAUUGGAUCUUACUCGACGAAAUUAACUUGGCCUCUACAGAAACACUUGAAAGAUUGAGCUCUUUAUUAGAAGGUGAAGAAGGAACCUUAUUCAUUACUGAAAAAGGUGAUACUGAACCAAUUAAGAGACAUCCAAACUUUAGAAUUUUUGCUUGUAUGAAUCCUCCAACUGAUAUUGGUAAAAAGAAUUUGCCACCUGGUUUGAGAAAUAGAUUUUCCGAGUUUUAUGUUCACGAAUUAACUGACAAGGACGACUUGAAGAUUGUUGUUUCUAGAUAUUUGUCAACUGUACCACAUCCACCAGUUGAUGAUAUUGUUAAUUUUUAUUUGGACGUAAAGAAAAAGUCAGAAGCUGAACUUUCUGAUGGUGCUUCCCAAAGACCUCAUUACAGUUUACGUACCUUGACAAGAAGUUUGGACUAUGCCGUUUUUGUUAUGAAGGACUAUGGUAUGGAAAGAUCUCUCUAUGAAGGUUUCUCUAUGGGUUUCUUAACCUUAUUGAGUUCUGCUUGUUCAUCCACAGUUGAAAAGAUGAUUAGAACUUGUUUCUUCAAACAAAAGAAUGUUGAUAAUUCUCUUAAGCAAGCUCCAAGUCAACCAGCUAGUGGUGAUUUUGUUUUGUUUAAACACUUUUGGUUGCCACAAGGUCAAUUCGCACCAGAGCAACCAGCUGAUUUUAUUAUUACUGAUACAGUAGAAGAAAACUUGAAGAAUCUUGCUAGAGCUAUCAAGACUAACAAGUACCCUGUAUUACUUCAAGGUCCAACUUCUGCUGGUAAGACUAGUAUGGUUCAAUAUCUUGCUAAAAUGACUGGUCACAAAUUUGUAAGAAUUAACAAUCACGAAAGUACUGAUCUUCAAGAAUAUUUUGGUUCUUAUAUUACCAACUCUCAAGGAAAACUUGUCUUCCAAGAAGGUAUCCUUGUUGAAGCUGUUAGAAAUGGAUAUUGGUUAGUUUUGGACGAAUUGAACUUGGCUCCAUCUGAUAUUUUAGAAGCUCUUAACAGAUUGCUUGACGAUAAUAGAGAAUUGUUCAUCCCAGAAACUCAAGAAACUGUCAAACCACAUCCACAUUUCCAACUCUUUGCCACUCAAAACCCUCCAGGUCUUUAUGGUGGUAGAAAGGUUUUAUCUCGUGCUUUCAGAAACAGAUUUUUGGAACUUCACAUUGAUGAAAUUCCAAGAGGUGAAUUAGUGACUAUUCUUCACAGAAGAUGUCAAAUUUCUAACCAACAUGCUGAAAAGCUUGUUUCUGUUAUGAGAGAACUUCAACAAAGAAGACAAAGUAGUAAGAUUUUUGCUGGUAAGAGUAAUAUUACACCAAGAGAUUUGUUCAGAUGGGCUGAACGUAUGAAGGGUGCUGAUGAAAAGAUUAACUAUAACCAAAAUGCUGCUGAAGAAGGUUUUAUGCUUUUGGCAGAAAGACUUCGUAGAGAUGAAGAAAAGGAUAUUGUUAAAGAAAUUUUGGAAAAGGUUUUCAAGACUAAACUUGAUCUCGAAAGAAUGUACAAUCCAAAAGAGCUUGAUAACUUACAAGUUGCUGGUAGUACUAUUGUUUGGACAAAGACAAUGAAGAGAAUGUACGUCCUUGUUGGUAAAUGUCUUCAAUUCAGUGAGCCUGCAUUGCUUGUUGGUGAUACUGGUACCGGUAAAACAACUGUUUGUCAAGUUUAUGCUGAUAUUUAUGAACAACAUUUGAGAAUUCUCAAUUGUCACCAACAUACCGAAACAAGCGAUAUCUUGGGUUCUCUUCGUCCUGUAAGAGGUAGAGAAAAGUUAAAGAUAGAAUUAGAAGAAUUAAUAGAAGAAUUUAUUACCACAGCUAAUACUAAAUACUCACUCGAUAUUAAUUUUGGUAACGAAACAAGUAUUGGUAAGAAAGUCAAGAGAUUGGAAGAUAUUUGCAAAAAGCUUGCUAAGGAAAGAAAAUUAGCAGAACCUCAAAAGAAAAAGCAAAAGAAUGAAUUUAAGGAAAAGGAACUAUUGGAAAAACAAUUGAUUAUAAGAGAUAUCUAUCAAAAAUGGAAGGCUCUUUUCACUUGGUAUGAUGGACCUCUUGUUCAAUCAAUGAAGAGUGGUGAAAUUUUCCUUAUUGACGAAAUUUCUUUGGCUGAAGAUGCUGUUCUUGAACGUUUGAACAGUGUAUUGGAACCUUCAAGAGAAUUAACUCUCCCAGAAAGAGGAUCUGAAAAGAUCGAAAGUAUUGUUGCUCAUGAUAAGUUUAGAAUUUUGGCAACAAUGAACCCUGGAGGUGACUUUGGUAAGAGAGAACUUUCUCCUGCUUUGAGAAAUCGUUUCACUGAAAUUUAUGUUCCAAGUUUGUCUGUUUCUGAAGACUUGGCUAUUAUUGUUGCAAGCAAAUUAGAUCAAUCAAUCAAGAGUUUUAAUACUAGAAUGGUUGAAUUUGUUCAAUUCUUCAAGUCUAAGAGAACUAAGAGAUUGUUGAGUGUAAGAGAUGUCAUUUCAUGGGUUCAGUUUAUGAAUAUGGCUGUUGCUAAACUUGACAUGGAUGCAUAUGGUGCCUUUUUACACGGUGUUGACACAGUUAUCUUGGAAAGUAUUGGUGUAGGUACUGACUCUUCUGCCAAGAACAGAUUAUUGCUCAGAAAGGAAUGCUUUACUUUCUUACUUGAUAAGAUUGCUCAAGAAAAUGUUUUGAGCACUGAACAACUCGAAUAUUAUAGAGAUGUUUUCCUCAAUGAAAACUACACUGCCAUUAGAAGUAACAAGACCAAAGAAUCCUCAGAAUACUUUGGAUAUCAUCCAUUCUAUGUUAAAUGUGGUGAAAGUAGUGAAAGAAAGAUUGUUUAUGCUUUGGAUGCUCCAACUACUGGCAGAAAUGUCAUGAAGGUCCUCAGAGCUAUGCAACUCAGAAAGCCAUUACUUCUCGAAGGUAGUCCUGGUGUAGGAAAAACAUCUUUGAUUUCUGCUAUUGCUAAAGCAUCUGGUCACAAUAUUGUUAGAAUUAACUUGAGUGAACAAACAGAUAUGAUGGACUUGUUAGGUACUGAUUUGCCUGUUGAAGGAAGUUCUGGAGGUCAAUUCAGAUGGUGUGAUGGUAUCUUCUUGAGAGCUUUACGUAAUGGUGAUUGGGUUUUGUUGGAUGAAUUGAAUCUUGCAUCUCAAUCAGUUCUUGAAGGUUUGAACUCUGUUUUGGAUCACCGUGCUGAAAUUUAUAUUCCUGAAAUUAACGAAACUGUUAAAUGCCCAGAAGGUUUCCGUAUCUUUGCAUGCCAAAAUCCUUUACAACAAGGUGGUGGUAGAAAGGGUUUACCAAAGUCAUUCCUCAAUCGUUUCACUCAAGUCUAUGUUGAUGAAUUGAGACCAGAAGAUUUGACUUUCAUCCUUAAUUCUAUUCAUGGUGAUAUUGGAGAAGAAAACAUCAAGUUGAUGAUUGACUUUAACAGAAAAAUGCACAAAGAAACCAUGGAGCUCUAUCGUUUUGGUAGAAAGGGAAGCCCUUGGGAAUUCAACUUGAGAGAUGUUUUCAGAUGGUGUGAAUUAUUGAAGAAGGAAAGAGAAUUGAACAAGGACUGUACCAAACCAAUUGAUCCAAUGAGAAUGAUCGAUUGUAUGUACAAGCAAAGAAUGAGAACAGUAGAAGAUCGUAAACAUGUGGAAAGAGUUUACAAGGAAUUGACUGGAAAGGAUUUCCCUUGUGAAACUAAUCCAACAUAUACCAUCACUCCUGGUGCUGUUCAAAUUGGAUCUUCUAUUUUGUUAAAGAAUAGUUCAUUUGACGAUUCUGAUAAGGAUAACCAUGCCCCAAGUACAUCAUCACAAGAUUUGAUCUUGUUGCAAUCCUUCUUGAACCCACUCGAAAAUAUUAUGAAAUGUAUUGAAAUGAACUAUUUGACUAUUGUCAAUGGUCCAUCUGCUUGUGGUAAAACUUCUAUUGUUAGAUUGAUUGCUCAAAUGACAGGAAAUAUGUUAAGUGAAUUCUCUAUGAGUAGUUCCACUGAUACUGUCGAACUUUUGGGUGGUUUUGAACAAGUAGAUCCUAUUCAAAAAGUUAGAAAGAUUGCCAGUUUUAUUAAGAUUAAGAUUGAUGAACUCGCCAGAAUUGCAUUCUUAAAUGAUGAAAAUCUUAGAUUCGAUGCUCUUAAGUUGUUGUAUAACCAAUGGACAACUUAUGAUGCAACUGCUAAGAAGGAUGCUUCAUUCUCUGGUAUUGAACAAUUGAAGAGUAUGUGUGAAACUCUAUUCGAUAACUUGGAAUAUCAAAGUGAUGAAAAGCAAGCUAUUAUUCAACAAUUGGAUAAUUUAAGUAAGCUUUUGGAAAUGGGUGUUAAAGGAAGAUUUGAAUGGAACGAUGGUGUUUUGAUUCGUUCUUUGGAAGCUGGUAACUGGAUUCUCAUUGACAAUGUUAACUUCUGUAAUCCAACCGUCCUUGACAGAUUGAAUUCUCUCUUGGAACCUGAAGGUGUUUUGGUUGUGAAUGAAAGAGGUUUGGUUGAUGGAGAAAUCCGUAUUGUUAAACCACAUCCACACUUUAGAAUUUUCAUGGUUAUGGAUCCAAAAUAUGGUGAAAUUUCUAGAGCUAUGAGAAACAGAGGUAUUGAAAUCUCAAUGUUCCCAAUUACUAUUCCUUCACAAGAUGCUUUUACUCUCUUGGCUAAUAAUGGUGUACCAUCUGCACAUUUGUGUAAUGUUCUCAUGGACUAUCACGCUAAAUUCACUCAAAAGAUCUUUUUACCAGAAGAAGAUCGUCCAACUAUUCGUGACUUGUUGAGAUGUGCUGAAGUAUUCAACUCUGAAGUUAAGCAAGGUUUGAACAUUACAAAUGCUUUCAAGGCUGCUAUUUCUUGUGUUUACAUUAGAAGUAGAUGUUCUUCAAAGUCAGCUGUCGAUAUUGCUGAAAGUGAAUUAGAGGAAUGUGCCAAGCAAUUACCAAGAAAUGAUCAUGGAUUCCCAUCAACAUUUGUUGCUGCUAAUGCAUUCAAGUGCGACAAAUCUUUGUUCAGAACAGUUUUUAGACAAUCUGCCAGAUUGUAUGAUAUUAUCAGAAAUUAUCUUAGUCUCAAAGUUGCUGAAUCAAAUGAUCAUAAUGAUAGCACAAAGAAACUUCUUGAUUCACUUAAAUGGAAGAUUCUUGUUACUGAUUUACCACCUCAUUUCUUGCAAACAAAUGAUGUAGAAAAAACUAUCAUUUCAGCUGAUGUUAUGGAUACAUCUUCAACAUCAAACUUGAUUAAUGAUAUGCAAUAUGCUUUGGAAUACUUUAUUGAUGUUUCCUCAUUCAAAGAUAUUGAUAUUAGAGUAAUUUGGUUGCAAAGAUUACUUACUCUUUGUAAAUCUGAUAAGAUUCUUGAAGAAUUGUUAACAAAGGGUAUUGAAUUGUUGAAUACGAGAAAGGGUUGUGAAGUUUCAAAGAAAAUUCAAAAGAUAUUCAAGAAUAUGCAACAAACAGUCACUCAAAGAUUCUCUGAGAUUAUUGCUUCUCAACCAAUGAACUUGAAAUAUAGCGAGCAAUUGUUUGCUAGACUCCAAUAUUUGGGAUUGAUUAACGAACAGGAUAAUUAUGUUUUUGAUGCUGCAACUAUUUUAACAUCUCAACAAAAACGUAAAUACGAAGAACAACAAAGUAUUGCUGUUGAAUUCCAAGGUACUAUUGUUGAAAAUAAGUCUUCAUUGCUUCAUCAAUCAUAUUAUUACCAUCUCAAUCCAAAACACAGAAGUACAGCACCAAACAGAGUUGUUGUACAUCUUUAUACUUUAUUUGUUCAAAUUGAUGAGCUUGUUGAUGCCAUUAUGAAUUCUAAAGUUGACGAAUCUGUUUGUAGUUUGGAUGAUAUUAGUGGCAUGUUGAGAUGUAGAGACAAGUUGUGGUUCUAUUUAUCUCAUACUGCUGAGCUUUCUGAAGAGUUCUUUAUUUAUUGGAACUGGUUAGCCAAAGAAUUCUUAAAGGUUAAAGUCAAGAAGCCUGCCACUUCUGGAAAGAAGAAGAAUAUUUCUGAAACACCAUAUGGACUCUAUGAACAAUUAUGCACAUUCAUGGGUGAAAUUGAUGGUUUGGUUAUUAGCAACUUUAACAGUGUUGGAAAGAAGAAUACUUUAUACAAGAAUUGUGGUAAACCUACCAUUUCUCUUUCAGUUGAAUUGAAGGAAAUCGAAGAUACUAUUACUAAUUAUCUUUCAGUUAAUACCUCUUCAAAUACUGAAUCUAAGGAAUUGAAGCAGUUGGUUUAUAAUGCUAUGAGUACUGUCAAGUUACUUCAACAAGAACCUAAUCAUCCAGACCAAGAAAAGCUUCUUCAAUAUGUUAGAACUGUUCCAGAGCUCUUAGAAAAGGCUAAACCAAAGGAGCAAGAAAUUUCUGAAGACGUUUACACACCAUACAAGGAAUUGGCUACCAAGUCAGAACAAGAACUUGUUAUGGAUAAGAUCUUCCGUGAUAUUGCUGAAUUUACUGCUCCUGACAAGAAGCACAUCAAUGCUGCUUCUUUGCACUCCACACAAGCAAUUUCUCCAUUGUUUGACUAUAAGAGUAUGCAUCAUGAAAUGAAUGUAGUAACUUUGCUUUCAAAGAUUGGCUACAUUCUUAAACGUCUUGAUGCUUCUUCAGAUGUUAAGGAAAUUAAGCGUUUAUUGUCAACAGCUGUUGCAAAGGGAAGACAUUUGAUUGACUUUAUCUUGCAAAACUGUUCUCGUGGUCCACUUGAUCUCGUUCCAUAUCAAUUAUUGUUAUGGAGAAUUUCUAACUUGGAAACAAACUCUGCUGAUGAAAUUAAGAAGAUUGCCUUAGGCAUUCCUUCAUUGCUUCACUUUGUAUGGAUUUACUGGAAUGAAAGAGUUUGGGAAAAUACCUACAAUACAUCCAUGUUUGAAAAUUCUGAUUCUACUGAAACUCCAGUUUCGAGAGAUGAUCUUGCUGGUCCAAACAGAUUAUUCCAAGAUGUUAACUCUGUGCACAUUUUGAAAUUGUUGAGUGGUUGGGAAAAUAUUCCUAUUCGUUCAAGACAUAUCAAGAUUGACCAACUUAAGAAGGUCGUACAAUUCAUUUGUACAAAUGUUGAUAAUGUACAAUCUGAAGAAGUAGAUUGGAAUAAUCUUGUUUAUUUGUAUUGUGAUACUUUGUUGAGUUUCAAGAAGAGCUUCCCAGAAGCAUCUUUCCAACUCUUGUUAGAUAUUACUGAUUCUUUGUGUGCAACUAAACAAGCUUCCGUCCAAGAUCUUACUAAGAUUAUUGAAUCAUCAAAUGAUGGAAGAUUGAAGGCUAAGAAAAAUGAUAUCAUUUCUGUUUGCAAUCUCAUUUGCACAAGAGAUGAAGAUAAGAAUAAGGAUUUGAUGAAUCGUGGUUUGGCUUGGUUAAAGUUGGGUGAAACUAGAAUGAAUUUGUUCAUUCCAGCCAAUUCUUUGGAUCCAACUUUGAAGUAUGCAAUUUAUGAUAAGCAUCUCAAGGAAGAUAUUCAAGUUCUUCAAGGAAAACUUGAAAUUAUGACUUCUAUUGAGCGUUUCAUUAGCGGAAGUGGUAGAAAUAUCAUUUCUGACAAGAUUGAAAAGGAUAUUACAAAUAUUCAAUCAAUUGUUGAUAAGAUAACUCCAAAGGUUAUUAACAGACCAACUAAUAUUUCAUUCAUUGAUAUGUAUCGUGAAAUGAAGAGUUUGGCUGACCAACAUGAAGUUAUCAAGAACUUGUCUAAUAGUUUGAUAAAGUUCUUUGAAAGUGAUAAUGAUGACAAGCAAGAUAUGGUUGCUGAACUUAUCAAUAAGGAAGAAUCCUAUCAAGCAAACAGCCACUCUCACAUUAAAUCAAAGAUCUUGAAGAAUUCGUUUGGUUUUGAAGAUUUGGCAUUGCCAUUUGCUUCAUCUGCUUAUCAUAUCAAGUACGGUUUGAGAUUAUUAUGUUAUGGUUCACUUGCUAAGAAGGAUGAGUCUGAACAAAAUACUGUCAAUCAAAUUUUGAACCAUCUUCUCUCCUUCCCAUCUUGUAACUCGGUUCAAACUAUUGAAGAUGAUUUGGCUAUCGUUCAACAAUGGCUCAAGUCUAUUGAAAACUCUGCCAAUACACAAUCCAAGUGUAAGCAAUAUGAAACAGCUACCAAGGUUUUGCGUGUCUUGAUGUCCAGAUGUUUGUUGAUUACAGUUUCUCAAACUUCCAGCCAAGACAAUACAAUCCAUAACCUCCAAUUAUUGAACCAAGUUUUCGUAAUGUACUCUAACUUGUUCGAAUCUGUUGAAGAUGAACUUGAAAAGAAGAAGGCUGAAGAAGACAACUUCUACAAGUACAAGGAAAGAAAGACAACAAUCGAAACUGAAGAAGAAAUUUUGGAAGAAGAAAUGGAAACCAUGUUCCCAACUUAUAGCGAAGAUUAUUCUCAAUUCAAUGCACCAACCGAGGAAAAGAAUAUUAUGAAUUUGUCAGAGAAGAAGGAAUCCUUGAUAUCUGAAAAGUCACUCUUGGAAAGAGUUAACAAGGUUAUUCAUGAUGAAAGAGAAAUUGACUACUUGGUUCGUACUCACAAGGAUAUCUUCUCCUUCAUCUCUUCCUCUAGUCAACUUAGACCUGUUGAUACUAUUGACACUAUUAGAAAUAAGAUGUUUGACGAAUCCUUUAAUGUAGCUGUUCAUAUCAUUAACACACUCAACGGAAAAUACCAAAUUGAUAUGACUUCUUCAGGAUAUCUUCCACUUGUUCUUUUCGGAAGUAGAGCAUUGAAUAAUCUCUGGGUUAAGGUUGAUAAUUCAAAGGAAGCUAAACUCAAGGCAUACAGUGAAGUUUACACUGAACCAAAUAUUCCAGAAAUUACUCUUGCUUUCAGCACUCUCUUCAGUAUGCUUCAAAGAUUGAACUUCUUGAUCAAGAAGUACAGUACUGAAGAACAAAAGGGUCACCCAAUCCUUGUAGAAAUGGUCAAGAUUAUUGAACAUAUUCUCAAUCAACCAAUUACUAGUCCAAUCAUUAAGAUUCUUACUGGUCUUGAAUUAGUAUUAAUCAAAGCUGGUGAAUGGGAAGAAUAUCUUACAGCUCAUGUAAAUUCUUUGAAGGAUGAAAUUAGAAAAUUAUCUGGUCUCAUUAUUAGAUGGAGAAGAAUGGAAUUAGAAAACUGGAAGGGUAUUUAUGAUUUGAAGAAUAGAGAAUACAAGAACAAAUCUAUUAAUUGGUGGUUCAGAUUCUACAAUAUGAUUUGUAAUAGUAGUUUCAAGAUGGAAGAACUCACCAAGAUCAUUGAAGACUUCUUUGGUAUUUGUGAUGACUUUAUCAGAACAUCAACCAUUGGUGACUUUGAAUAUCGUCUUGGAUUGUUGAAUAACUUCUAUCAACAUUUAGCUGCAGAAAUUGAAAGAAAGUAUUCUGAUGAUGUAGAAGUUAGAACUAAGAUUAGAGAUAUUAUUUUCAAUUUGCACAAGUAUUAUUCUCAAUUCUCCGGUAAGCUUGAAGAAAGACUUGACCAAGAAAAGCAACCUUUGGAAACUAAACUCAGAGACUUUAUCACUCUCACUAAAUGGGAAGAUGUAAAUAUUGAUGCCAUCAGAUUCACAACUAAGAAGUCUAGAAGAGCCCUUGCUAAAUUCUCUAAAGGUUUUGGUGAAGUUCUCGUCAAACCAGCUAGAGAUUUGUGGGACAAGUAUGAUGAACUUGCUGCUGCUUCUGAAAUUAUCCAAGAAUCUGAGAAGAAGCCUAAGAGAAAGAGCAAGAAUAAGAAGAUCAAGAAGAGAAAGAAUAAGAAGUUUAUUGCUGAUGAACCAGACGACAUUAUUCAACAAACUAUGAACAGAGGCAAGAAUCUUAUCAAGAGCCACGAAUUUAAGAAUUGUCUUUCAUAUACCAAAAAGGAAAAGGAAUUGCUUUCUGUUAUUGAAAAGGAAUUUAUGGAAGAUUCCAAGAAUGUUGUAGAUAGACUUCCAGUUAUUUAUGAAUUGGUUGGAAAGAACUUUGAAAACUUGAUCAUCAAGAGUGCUGUUCCAAAGGAAUUUGAUGCUGUAACAAGCAAUAUUGAAGAUUUUAGUGUUGAAAUUAUUGAACAAACCCAACUUCUCAACAAGGAAAAUUCUCCAAAGAGUAUGAAAUUGAGAGCUCUCGUUACUUUGUUGACAGAACUUAAGGAAAUGGGCAUUUCCUACUUGAAGAAGAGUGUUGGAUCUGAAACUGCUAUUGACAAGAUUUUCCAAAUUCCAGAUGUUGGAUUCUCAUUGAAUAACCUCACUUCAAAUGAUGUUCAAGAAGUUUUCAAGAAGGCUGAUGACUAUUACUUUAAGAACAUUUUCAGUGUUCAAAACUUUAAACUCACCUUUGAAGGCGAAGUUUCUGGUGAUAUCAAGUCUCAACAAACCAAGAUGAGAGGUUAUCCAGACAAUUUGUUCUUCCUCACAAUGAAACACAGAAGAAUCUUGGGUACUAUUGAAGCAAGCCAAAAAGCUAAUAAGUCUUUCCUUUCAACCUUGAAACAUUUGAAGCAAAGCUUUGAAAAUGAAAAGGAUGAAGGUGUUAUCAUUUCACAAAGCAAGGCUAGAGAAUUGUUGAAUGUACAAUCAGGAUAUGUCUUUAGACUCUAUGAAUUGGUUGCCCAAAUCACUUCUCUAUACACAGCUCUCUCAAAGCAUGAUAGUGCUUAUGAUAAACCUUUGAAGACUAUUGAAGAUGCCAAGAGUAUCAUUGAUAGAAGCGUCGAUCUUUUAGAAAGAAUUAUGAAUAGAACUCAACUCUUCAGUACUAAGGAUUUGAAGGAGCUUUCCGAAAAUCUCGAGACUUUGCAAAACGCUAGAGGUAUUCUCAACAAGUUUGUUUCUGAAACCUCUGAUCUUCCAAAAUCAAAGGAAUUGAUUAGUCUUGUUGAAGAGUUUGAUCAAGUCAAAACUACCUAUGAAUCAAUUGUUGCAGAAGAAGCCAGUAAUAACAAGUUUGAUUUGGCUUCUAUUUCAUCAUUUGCCAAGCUUUACAAGCAUGCUGUCAAGUCUAUUCAAUUGACUAUCCAAGAUUUGGUAAAGGCUUGCUCUGAAGAACAAGUUCAAUAUGAAGAAACUAUGAAAUCAGCCUCUGAAGAACUCAAGAAUAGAAAGAAGGAAGAUGAUGAAGAAGAUGACACUUACUCUGCUUCUUACUUGAGCAAGAAUAACUCCAUUCAAAGACUUGAAGAAUUUAUUGAUAGAUGUCAUGGAGUUAUCACUACUGGUUUGGCCAAGAUUAACAAGGACAUUUCUGGAAUGAUUGAAUUCAUCGUUGACAAUAGUAAGAAUUCUCAAAACAUUACAAACAGUCUUACAGAAUUGUUGAGUAACUUAGCUCCAUUAUUGCAAAGAUUGGAUGGUGUUGUUGAUACCCUCAAGAUUCCUCUUGUUUAUUAUCACAAGAGUAUUUCCAAACUCACUUAUGUUCUCCUCAAUAUCUUCUCAACUUUGUGCAAGCAAGGUUUCUGUGGUAAGGAUGACGAAGAACAAGGUGAAGGAGAAAGUGAUGGUGUUGACUUUAGUUCUGGUACUGGUAUGGACGAUGGUGAAGGUAUCAAUGAUAUUGGUGAUCAAAUUGACAAUGAAGAUCAAUUAUUGAACGAAAAGGAUAAGCAACAACAAGAAGGUAAUAAGGACCUUGAAAAGAACGAUAAUGCUAUCGAAAUGGACGGAGACUUUGAAGCUGAAAAGCAAGAAGUUGACGAACAAGAGGAUGAUGAGGAACAAGAUCAAGAUGAAGAACAAGAUGAAAAUAAGGAAAUGGGUGAAAUAGAUGAAGAUGAUCCAAAUAAGGAACAACUUGAUGAAAAACUCUGGGACGAAAAUGAAAAUGACAGAGAUGACAAGACUGAAGAAGGUUCCGAUAAGAAUGACAAUCCUCAACAACAAGAUAGCGAACUUCAAGCGCAAGAAAAUGAAAAUGAUGAUCAUCAACAAGAUAAUAGAAAGGACAAGCAAAAGAAGGAUGACAAGCCAAUGGAAUACGAAGAAGAUGAAGAAGCUGUUGAACAAGAAGAAUUCGAAGAUAAUAUGGAUGAUAAAUUCAAUGAUGAAUUCCAAGACCAAGAUAAGGAUGGUGAAGAUCAAGAUGGAAAAGACAAUGAUCAACAAAUGGAUGAUUUGGAAAUUUCUGAAGAUGAACAAGAAGGCGAUGAAGAAAAUCAAAAUGAACAAGAAGGUGAUGAAGAAAACAAGGAUGGUGAAGAUAAGGAAGAAGGAGACAAUGAAGAUGCUGACGGUGAUGAAGACUUGAAGAAGAAGAAGGAUGAAGAAAUUGAUGAACAAGUUGACACCGAAGAUAUCGCUCCAGAAGACCAAAAUAUUAGUGGACAAGAUGAAGACAAUCAAGAUGCUAUCGAUCCAAACUUGGAAUCUGAAAACAAACAAGAAAAGGACGAAGAUGGCAAUGAUGACGAAGAUGGUGAAAAGGAAAAUGAACAAGAAGAGGAAGAAAAGGCCCAUACUGCAGAGGAAGAAGCUGAUUCUAAGGAUCUCAAAGAAACUCCAUUUGGUGUUAAACAAACUGCUGGUAAAGCUUCUGAUAUUAAGGAAGAUUCAGCUGAAAAUGAACAAAGACAAGAAAAGAAGAAUAACAAUGCUGAAGAAAGUGGUAAAGACACCAAUAAGAAUGAAAUGGGUGAAAGUAUGGAUCAAGGUACUGAUAAUAAUGCUGACCAAGAGCCAGAAUCCGGCCAAAUGCAAAUGGAUCCAAAUCCUCUCAGAAGCUUGGGUGAUGCCAUGAAGAAUUGGAAGAAGAAGCUCAACCUCGUCGAGAGAAACAAACAAGAAAAUGAAAAGAACAAGCAAGAUGAAGGUGAAAAGAGCGAAGCUUUUGAGUUUGUUGAAGAAAAUGAUGCCGAUAAGGACCAACAAGAAAAUCAAAUCUUGUCUAAUGCCACCGAAGAACAAUCUAAGGAGUUCCCAGCAAUGGAAGAUGGCGAAGAGGAUGAUGAAGAUGAAGAAAUGACUGAAGAAAAGAAGAAGGAUGAAUUUGGUGAGGAAAAGAAGAAGGACGAAAAGGAAGGUAAUAAUGCCGACUCAAAGCCAAGUAUUUCAUCCAAGUUGGAUAAGAAAUUAGAACAAGACGAAGACGAGGAUGAAGAUAUGGAAGAUAUUCAAUUUGAACCUUCAAAUAAGAAGGUAGAUUUUGUCCAAACCAACUUUGAAAGUACUAUCCACACCAAGACUGAAGCUUUAGAAGAAGAAAUUGAGACUGAAGAACCAGAAAUUAAACCAUUAAGUAUGGAUGACAUUAAGAUGAUGAGAGAAGAGCUUGAAUCAUCUCUCAACGAAUGGAGAAAUAAUGAAGAAAAUGUAAACAAUAGUAAGGAAAUUUGGAAGAAGUUUGAUAUUUUGACAUCAAGCUUGUCUCAAGAAUUGUGCGAACAAUUAAGAUUGAUUCUUGAACCAACUUUGGCUACUAAACUCAAGGGUGACUACAAGACUGGUAAAAGAAUUAACAUGAAGAAGAUUAUUCCUUAUAUUGCCAGUCAAUUUAGAAAGGAUAAGAUUUGGCUUAGAAGAACAAAACCAAAUAAGAGAGAUUACCAAAUUCUUUUGGCUAUCGAUGAUUCCAAGUCUAUGAAUGAUAACCAUGCUGGUCAAAUGGCUUGUGAAGCUUUAACAUUGAUUUCUAGAGCCAUGUCACAACUUGAAGUAGGUCAAUUAGGUGUUGUUAGCUUUGGUGAAAAGAUGAAAUUGUUACAUCCUUUCGAGAAACCAUUCACUGAUGAAACCGGUGCUGAAAUCCUCUCUCAAUUCACAUUCAAACAAAAUCAAACUCAAAUUGUUAACUUCCUGUCAGAUACCAUUCAACUUAUGGAAAAUUACAAGUCUAUGGAAUUCUCUAACAAUAGCGAACAAUAUCAAUUGGCAUUUAUUAUUUCAGAUGGUAGAAUGUUAGAAAGAGAUAGAAUUGUUAAAUUGGUCAGAGAAGGACAGGAAAAGAAGAUUCUUUUCGUUUUCAUUUUGAUUGAUAAUCCAAAUCCAAAGGAUUCUAUUCUCAAUGUAAAGAGUAUCAACUCUACUUCAGAUCCAAAACAACCAUUAACAUUUAGUUAUUAUAUUGAAAAGUUCCCAUUCCCAUUCUACAUAAUUUUGAGAGACAUUCAAACUUUACCUGAAGUCUUGGCCGAUGCUCUUCGUCAAUACUUUGAAUUAAUCAAUCUCACUGCUAAUGAACAAGUUUAA